AGUACUGAAUCUAUAGUGAGAUCUCGCCGCGCGCAAGCGACUACUCAAUCUGCACUCUGCGUCCCGACUGCUCACCAGCGCGACAGGGGGAAAACUUUCUUAAAACUUUUAUCGCCAUUUUCUCUCUUCUCCUCCUAGAGAGCAGACUGCCUCCCGGAUCUCUUAAACCAAAGAAACUGAUUUAAGAAGUACCUCACCUUUACAGCACUGAAAGUGCGCGCGUGCAUAGAGCUGGACGCAGCGCAGAUUUGCUUUAGUUUUUCGUAAAUAAAAAAAGUCACUACAAAGAACGUAAAGUCUUGAGUAGGCUACUUUAAUGCUUGUUGCGUUUGGUCGCUUUUUAUUUGUUUUACUUGUUUCGCUCGUUAUUCUUCAGAGGCCCGGUUUUAUUGCUCAAGACAAUCCAGUUCGCGAGAUUCGAGCGACUAAAAGAAGUUGAACAGAAACGCCGCAUCCUCAUGAGGAAAUCAGAAGUAGGCUACGAAUCUAAGAGAUUUCGUGACUUAACCUUUUAGUUUUCUUUUACUUUGUGCUGUUGCGGCUCGAUUGCCCAAGCAGUCCGUGAUGAAGAAGAUGUUGGUUGUAUUCACUGUAUGUCUGUCGCUGGUGGUUUUGGCGUCGGCUCAAGCUGAUCAGAAGGCAAAGAGCUGCAAUGAUGUCAGAACUGCUUACAGUUCAAAAGGUUUCAACGUCAACGAUGUCCCCAACAAAGGAGUCCAUGGAAAUCAUCUGAAGGUGUGUCCUCAAGGUUUCUCCUGCUGUACUCUGGAGAUGGAGGAGAAACUGAGUCAGCAGAGCCACAUGGACCUGAAAGCCCCCGUUCAUCAGCUCAGCUCCAACCUGCGGAAAACCUUCACGCAGAGACACCGUCACUUUGACCAGUUCUUCAGAGAGCUGUUGAGCAAUGCAGAGAAAUCUUUCAAAGACAUGUUCGAGCAGACCUAUGGCUUGAUCUAUGUGAAGAACGCCGACCUCUUUGAGAAUUUCUUCAGUGAGCUACAGCGCUUCUACAAUCAUGGUAGCAGCGCCGUCAACCUGGACGACAUGCUUACGGAUUUCUGGAGGGAGCUUUUGGAGCGCAUGUUCCGUCUGGUCAAUGUGCACUACGAGUUCAGCGACUCAUACAUGGAGUGCGUCAGCAGGCACAUGGAGCAGCUCAAACCCUUUGGUGACAUUCCACGCCAAAUGCACCUGCAGUUGACCCGGUCCUUCAUCGCAGCUCGCGCGUUCUCCCACGGCCUGGCGCUCAUACCUGAUAUAGUGGGCAAAGUCUCCACGGUUGGUUCCUCUCCGAGUUGUGUGCGUGCGGCUAUGAAGAUGUUAUACUGCCCGUACUGUACCGGCCAGGUGGCACUGAAGCCCUGCAAGAACUACUGCCUCAACGUCAUGCGAGGCUGCCUGGCCAAUCAGGCCGAUCUGGACACCGAGUGGAAUAACUUCCUUGAUGCCAUGUUGGGACUCGCUGAGAGGCUGCAGGGACCCUUUAACUUUGAAGCAAGCAUGGGUCCCAUAGCCGUGGAGAUCUCACACGCCAUCAUGAACAUGCAGGAGAACAGCGGGGAUUUCUCAACGAAGGUGUUUCACGGAUGUGGGCGGCCCAAGUUCAGCACGGAACAACGAACUCGGCGCUCUCCUAAAGACUCAGGCUUCCCCGGGCGUUUCCGACCCUACAUUUCUGAUGGAAGACCCACCACUGGUUUUGACAUGACCCUGUCCCGAAUGUUAACAGAUGUCAAGAAGAAACUGAACCACACCAAGAAGUUCUGGUCCACACUGCCGGACACUGUGUGUGUUGGAGAACGGAUCGCCAUUGGUGAUGAAUGCUGGAAUGGUACAGCCAAAAGCAGGUACGAAUCUGUCGUCAUAGGCAAUGGCUUAGCCAAUCAGGUGUCUAAUCCAGAUGUUGAAGUUGACAUCACUAAACCAGACAUGGUGAUUCGGCGGCAGAUACCAGUGCUGAAGGAAAUGACCAGCCGGCUUAAGGCUGCUUACACUGGCACAGACAUCUCAUUUGUCAAUGAGGAUGCUGGCAGUGGAGAGGAAAGCGGAAGUGGCUGUGACUCGCCCCCUUGUGACAGUGACAUCUACUUCUCCACCCCAGCACCCAUUGAACCUCGCAUUUUCAAUGUUCAACCUAACAGAAAGCCCUCUAGUGGUGGGACACGGUUGGCACCUUUUAGCCUGGCCCUGGCUGUGACAGCGCUUCUCCUCGCCCUGCUCUCCCCACACAUGAGAUAAGACCGGCCAGGAACAGGAAGUGUGCUUGUACGAAUUUGAACAAGAGAGCAGAAAACUGCCAUAGGACAUUAAAGACACUGCUUUCAGGAUCUCCGUCUCCUUGCCAUCUGGAAAAAAACAAUCAAGCUAUUAAUAUUCAAGUAGCUUCCCUUCAGUGUAUUUUUGUGUUUAUAAGAAAAGACUACAUUUAUGUAGGCCACAUUUCACAUCAGCUGGGUUUCAUUCCUCCGUGUCUGUAGUGUCCAGAAUCAUUGACGACUCAUGUUUAUUUUGGUUAUGGUUUAAAUAAGUGUUCAUUUGAAAGUAAGACAGACUGAGUGUGUGUUUUGGUGGACGAGUAUACUAUUGUUGUAUAUAUCAUCCGAGCACUUUUUAUAAAACGUCAACAAUCAACCCAUAUAACACGCACGAUUUCAGCAAAUCUGUAUGAAGCACUCAGAUUUGUUUAAAUACAUUUUGAGCAGGUGUGUUGGUGUGCAUGGAGGCUUCGGUUUGGCUGCAGAUCACAUAUAUGUUCCUGAAUGUCAGAGGAUGAUAAAAACUUCACGAUGCCUUAAGUACUUCGUAAAUGGGCCCUUCGUCUGGGUUGCGACUGACAAAAAUGUAUACAAUGCUGCCUUACGAGAAAACUAGAGGAUUUCCAGAGACAAAUCUUUGUUUUUUCCUCUAUGUUUCCAACUUUCACAAUCCCUGUAUCAUCAUCCCAAAUAUUUUCAGCAGCAUAAUAUAUAGUCUUCUGUAAUAACUUUAUAGUGUGCGAUGAUGGAGGAGUUUUGGUUAGGUAAAGUCUGUCUGAAAGUUGAUUCUUUGAAUAUCCCUGAUGGUUCCCUCAAAGUUGAUCCUGUGUUCUGCGUGAUGUGGAGGACUGUGUGGCCUGAGUAAAGUUGUUUUUACUGGACACUUCCAGGAAAACCAGCUGGAUACGAGUGUAUGCUGAAGAUGGCUUAAGGCUGAGGUUUCUGGAGGAAUUUUACACAGGGUUUUAUGGGGAGGUGUUUAUUUUGCUUGCUUAAGGUAUAAAGCUGUAUAAUUGGUACUGCAGCAGAUUUCACUACACAGUGACAGACCGUGCUGACCGUGGCCUUUUUUAGUUUUGUUUCUGUAAUUUCAGUUUGUAACAUAAAAUGUCCAGCCCUUUCCCCUUACCCGAUUGAUAACCAUAGAAAUCGGUGCACAUUUAAAACCAUUCCUCAUUUAGAGAAAUAUAACAGUGUGUGUGGUACGUUACAACACCAGUUUCAAAAAUGGCUAUGCAUUCGAGUUCCCUUUCAUAUGGCUGUGUUUGUUGGUUGGUUUAAAAGAAAAUCUCUCUCGGCCUCAAGGGCUUUCCACCCACCUCUCAGAAAAACUAGCUCCCCUCGCUCUUGUACAGUAAGUUAUUUAACCACAUGUCUCUUUGAAAGGCAUUCGCAAGCAUCGCUUUCCUAGGCGUCUUAAAUUCAGUAUUCAAAAUAUUUGUGUCUGUUGAUGAAUGCAUUUUAAUGAAUUCACAGUUUAACUGAUGGUUUUAUUUUGUCUUCAGAUUUCAUGUUGCAUGAUGUUUCGAUUUUGUAAGCCGAGGAACCGUAAGCAUUUGAUUUGUCGUUACGGUUUUAUGUAAGGGAUUGUGAAAAUUGUACAAGCUGAUGCAAGGACAGGGCUGGCCAUCGGUCCUUGAGCGUCCCUGAUGUCACGUGCACUUUUAAUUGGAGUUCAGAUACCUCACAGCAAGAGAGUUUUAAAUGAUGCUUUAAAUUGUAUCUGCAACAUGCAUACUUUUUACGUUUUUAUUCAUUUGAGAUUCAUUCAGUAUCGAUGUAUGAAUGGCCAAUCCUCAGAGAUGAAAAGGAUCGUCACGAGCCUGAAAUGAGUAGAUAUCUAUAGCAGCAUCUCAGAUUGCUUAUGUAUUGUCUGAUGUGCUGCCAUGAAUAGAAGGCAUUGUGUUUUCUAUAGAUUUGAUCCAAAGCUUCCCACUGUCACAUGUUAAGAUGGCUCUGAUGUAAUGACCAGGAAAGGAAGUGUCUUUUGCUUAGUAUGUUAAGCUACUCUGAGUCAGUGUGAAGAUGACAUGGACUCUUGAAUGAACCUCUGCAGUGUCAUCUUUAGAUUGAUCGCUGACUUCAGGAGGACAGAUCGCAGGGCCUGCAGGCCUGUACAUCAGUGGAGUCCUCGCUGAUGAGGAGUGAGAGAGACUGAAGAAAGAAAACAAAUUGUAAAUAAUGUGCAGUCGUUUUAGUGGUCUCUGAGAGAUGUUCAUCAGAUUUUACCCAUUCAGAGUAUGUGCUUAAUAUGGGCGAAAAAAAAGAGAUAAAUGCUAAAAAUGUAAGAGAAAGGUUAUAUAAAAAAGUUUUUUUAGUCUUGUUGAAAUAAAGACUGCAGAUAUUUAAA